AUGGGCCAAGGAGCUGGCAAGGAGUGGGAAGUCGAAGAGGUUCUGGAUGCCAAGAUGCGCUAUUGGAGCAUUUGGUACUUUGUGCGGUGGAAGGGCUACGAUUCGUCGCACGACCAAUGGGUUAAGCACUCUGAUAUCUUCGCAGAGGACGCUAUAGCGGCAUUCUACCGCAAGCACCCCAACAAGCCACGUGUUGAAAUGCUGAGGGCGUGCUCACAGGUGAAUCUACUAUGA